AUGCCUUCAUUUCCCACAAACCCGCUUGUGCGGUCCAGAGAAGAUGGUCUACAAUUGAGCUAUCGACUUCCCCAUCGCAUCCAUGCAGCCAAAGGGUACCCGCUGCGAGCUCCCAACGGCUCUUCGAUCAUUAUUUAUGGCUAUGACACUGGAUUGAAAGUGAUAUGGAGGGGAGGGAGACACUUCUCGGAACUAAAAGUGCCCGAACCGGUGGCACAGCAGAAGAAUGCCGCGAAUAGCGGAGGCGACUCAGUGAUGAUCAUUGACUCCGAUGAAGAAGAGGCCGUCGAGGAACCACCAAUAGUGCAAGAGCCUACAUAUGAGUUCCUGGGAGAGGAAACUGAGGUUGACCCUGCUUUUCCGUUUGAAGCGGUCUUGCGACAAAUCGAUAUCCCUUUGGGAAGUCGAAUCCUUGACCUUGCGGUCCCGCGUGUUCAUCCGGACGCAGCGCGGUCAUCUCUUGAUCCUUUCCCCCCUAUUGCUAGGAACAUGAUCGUGGUGUCGGCUGUCUGCUCAGAUCUUUCGACGCGAAUCGUGACCAUACCAAUCGUUCCUCCCCACCCUGCACAAACCGACUUCCACAGCUGGGAGAUUCAGACGGUCAUGAUCAACGGAGGUGUCACCCACCAAGACAUUCCACGAGGUGUGUCACUUACGUUCACCUGCCAGGAUACGGAAGAGGAGGAUCAUGGCAAAUCUCGCAGCCGUGUCGGGAGGUCGGAAAAAUGGGAUCUGCUCAUUGCGACACACUCGGCCGAAGGAUCCGGUGUUCUCUUGCUCCAUCGCAUUCCAAUCCGAGAGGAUUCCUCUGGCAAGGGCACCGUAUAUCGCCUAUCUGAAGAGGAUAUCGUCUCUCAGCGCCGAGCACUGGCUGCACCAGCUCAAAGAAUUGCAUUCAACCCGUCCACAUAUCCCUCAAUCCGUCAUUCAAAUCUACUUGUUGCGUUUCACAGCGGUUGUGUAAAGGUAUAUUCAUGCUUCUCUGUUCAGAAAUUGUCCAAGACUGCGCGUCGGGCUUCGAUCCCGCAAGAGCCCCAUGAUACCGUUGACAGUGAGGGUCGAUGGCUCAUCAGCUUGUACCCCGGCUUUGAGCAGGGUUCUACGGGGCUUACGCGACGAAAGACUAUUGUUGAUGCCGACUGGGUUCUUGGUGGUCGAGCCAUUAUGAUUCUUUUGGAAGAUGGCGAAUGGGGUGUUUGGGAUAUUGAAGGCGCUGGUCCUGGAACCGCGAAGGGUCCGCUGCAUCGCCAGUCCAGCGUGCAGGGUGUGACUGGGGGCUCAUUAACCACAUAUGCUGUUAGCGGACGUAUUGUGGCUCCCCCUACCAACACCCAGUCUGACGCUGAGCAUCGACCACGAUUUGCCCCCAUGACGCCGUCGACAAAACGUGUUCGGGAGGAUACGCUCCUCAAGGGGUCCAUGAACGCCGCGAGUCCCUCUCUCCGUGGGCAAAUCUCAGUGCUACAAACCAACUCUUUAAGCGACACCCUUCCUGAUGAGUCCAUUCUGGUGCGACAUGGUCGUCACAGCGCUGUUAUUCCGAGUUUGCUUUCUCUCUGGCGCAAUGCGGUGCGUGCCACUGGCACGUUUGAUGCCUCGAACCGGUGUCGUGUGACGCCGUUCCAGGAUGUGAAUUUGAUGGGCGAGAAUUUCCAGGCUAUCGGUCACCUUCCCGCCCCUGUUCGUGGUUCCAGAGCUGCGGAGUCUCAACCAUUUGACGUGCUUGUGGCGGCGGAGCAUCACAUCAUGAUCAUUGCCCCCCGCCUAGCUGAGUCCGAGGAGGGUACUGCUGCUGUAGCACACGCGAUCAAACAGGAAACUGCGGCCGAAGCUGACCAGAUGAUGCUGCAACGAGGCGAGCUGGAUGUGGAAGGAAUGGGCCGGCUGUUAAACGGCAUGGCGAACGGGACCGGAGCUCUACGCAUGGGCAGUCCUGUGAAGCGGACGCGCAUCUUUACUUGA